AUUACUCAGUGUUUUGGGUACAGUCCAGCUUCUAGAAACGUGUACGACCUGAUAUAUUGCGACUAGCAAUGUUAACAUGAGUUAUAUGUUGCUUGAAGCUAAUUUGUAUUUCACUUACUAUUAUUAUAUCAAAAAGGCACAGUUGUAAGUCACUGGAAGAAAUAUGGUCGCGAUUGGCAUCGAUCUUGGCACAACUUACUCGUGCGUAGGUGUUUUCCAGCACGGAAAAGUAGAGAUUAUUGCCAAUGACCAGGGCAAUCGGACCACACCUAGUUACGUUGCUUUCACUGAUACAGAGAGACUUAUAGGUGACGCAGCUAAAAACCAGGCAGCGAUGAACGCCACCAAUACAAUUUUCGACGCAAAACGUUUAAUUGGGAGGAAGUUUGACGACACUUCUGUUCAAAACGAUAUGAAGCACUGGCCCUUUAAAUUGAUAAACAAGGGUGGGAAGCCGAUCAUUCAAGUGGAAUACAAGGGAGAGAAUAAGACAUUUUCGGCAGAAGAAAUCAGUUCCAUGGUUUUGAUUAAGAUGAAAGAGACCGCCGAGGCUUACCUUGGUACAAAAAUUAAAGACGCUGUUGUCACGGUUCCAGCGUAUUUCAACGACUCGCAGCGACAGGCAACAAAAGACGCGGGCCAAAUAUCUGGCCUCAAUGUUUUAAGAAUAAUAAACGAACCAACUGCUGCCGCCCUAGCUUACGGACUCGACAAGAGUCUUUCUGGGGAGAAGAAUGUCUUAAUUUAUGAUUUAGGUGGUGGUACCUUUGACGUAUCUAUUCUUACAAUAGAUGAGGGGUCAAUGUUUGAAGUAAGGUCUACCGCUGGCGACACUCAUUUAGGAGGUGAAGAUUUCGAUAGUCGACUUGUUAACCACUUUGUUAAGGAAUUCCAAAGGAAACACCAUAAAGAUCUUAGUAAAAACAAUAGAGCGAUUCGCAGGCUACAAACGGCAUGUGAGCGAGCGAAGCGAACACUUUCAAGCAGUACUGAGGCAAGCAUAGAAAUUGAUUCAUUAUUCGAUGGAGUCGACUUUUACACGAAAGUUACACGUGCAAGAUUUGAAGAGCUUUGUUCUGACCUUUUCCGUGGAACUUUAGACCCAGUAGAAAAAGCCCUGACGGACGCCAAAAUGGACAAAAGCAAGAUUAAUGAUAUUGUACUUGUCGGCGGUUCAACACGUAUCCCAAAAAUUCAGAAGCUGUUACAAGAUUUCAUGAAUGGUAGAGAAUUAAACAAGUCAAUUAACCCGGAUGAAGCUGUAGCAUACGGCGCUGCUAUACAGGCUGCUGUUCUUUCCGGCGAUUCAAGCGAAGCAAUUAAAGAUGUUCUACUUGUUGACGUCAGUCCGUUGUCUUUAGGCAUAGAAACAGCGGGUGGUGUAAUGACCAACUUGAUUGACAGAAACAGUCGCAUACCAGCUAAAUUUUCGAAAACAUUUACGACAUAUGCCGACAAUCAACCUGGUGUGUCAAUUCAAGUAUAUGAAGGUGAACGCGCGAUGACUAAGGACAAUCAUUUGUUGGGAAAGUUUGAAUUGGCUGGUAUACCGCCCGCUCCCCGAGGCGUUCCGCAAAUUGAAGUCACGUUUGAUAUUGACGCCAACGGCAUUUUGAAUGUGUCAGCUGAGGAUAAAAGCACCGGGAGAUCAAAUAAAAUAACGAUAACAAAUGAUAAAGGUAGACUUUCAAAGGAUGAUAUUGAUAGAAUGGUGAAUGACGCCGAGAAAUACAAAGCUGAGGACGAUUUACAGAGGGAACGUGUUACUGCUCGCAAUCAACUUGAGAGCUAUAUUUUCUCGGUAAAACAAGCGGCUGAUGACGCCGGAAACAAACUGUCUGACUCGGACAAACAGACUGUGAUAAGUAAAUGUGACGAAGCUCUUAAAUGGCUUGACGAAAACUCCCUAGGUGAAAAAGAAGAAUUCGAGCACCAUUUAAAGGAAUUGCAACAGGCGUGUUCUCCUAUAAUGGCCAAACUUCACGGAAGUGGUGCAUCGUCUUCCGGUUCCGGGCCAAAAGUUGAAGAAGUGGAUUAAACAGAUGCUUUAUAAAGAUAACAUUUGUAAAUAAAGUAGAAACAUUUGGCGCUAAAUUAUUUUGUGUGAUGAAAUUGAAUUUUGUGAUAAGCAUGUUGACAUUCCUUUUAUAAAGGUUUUAAAAAAGAACUGGUUAAAACAAAUGAUCGGGUGUAAUGAAAAGAAAACAGAAUUCCUUUAGUUUAUUUCAUAAUAAAUAUCACUGAAUGGAUAUCGAUAUUAAGGAACAUAUUUUUAAUUGAUGGUGAAUAACCUCAUGAAGGUACAGAUAAAAUAUGAAUGAACAUCUCACAAUUCUCUUUACAUUAAAGUGCCAGGGGGUAUAAAGGUAACUUUGAUUAACACAUGAAUCAGUUAACCAUACUUUAUACUCGUGCACAUGAAUUGUAACAAGGAAACAUGGCAUAUGGAAAUUAAAUAUUUAACAUGUAAAGACGUUGUGCUGCUGCAUGCGUGAAUAUAUCAGCAAUAUUUGUAUUAAUGCAUGUAUCGCUUGUUAUUUUAUAUAAAUACAAAAAGAA